AUGUAUCUAGAUGACAUCGGGGAGCUGUCUCUGGACGCUGAAGAUCUCCUCAGCUUUUCCUACCAGGUGGCCAAAGGAAUGGAGUACAUUACUUCAAAGAAUUGCAGCCACAGGGAUCUUGCAGCCAGAAACAUUCUGCUGACUCACGGCAGGGUGGCGAAGAUCUGUGACUUUGGCUUGGCACGAGACAUCACCACUGACGCCAGCUAUGUGCUCCGGGGCAAUGCUCGCCUGCCGGUCAAGUGGAUGUCCCCCGAGAGCAUUUUCGACUGCGUCUACACCUUUGAGAGUGACGUGUGGUCCUACGGCAUCCUGCUAUGGGAAAUCUUCUCUCUGGGUAACAGCCCGUACCCUGGGAUGCAGGUGGGCUCAGUAUUUUAUAGGAUGAUUCAAGACGGCCACAGGAUGAGCAGGCCAGAGUAUGCUCCCAUCGAGAU